AUGCCGAAAUACAAGAGUCCAGAGAUGGUUUGGACAUCACAAGAUCUAUCCCACGAGUGGCGUCGCUUCUACAGACAAGCAAGUUGUAUCUUAGACGGCCUCUUACAUGAUAAGGAGGAGAACGUCAAGGUUAGCUACUUGAAGAUGUGGGUUGGAGACAAAGGCCAAGACGUCUUCGAAGGAUUUCAAUUCGCGAAGCCCGAACAUGCAGCAAAAUUAGCCGUUGUAGUGAAAAAGUACAAAGAGUACUGUUCUCUGCGCGAAAACCACAUCAUGGCCGCUUUGAAGUUCAAUGAACGCCGACAAGCUGAGGGUGAGAGUUUUGACUCUUUUGUAACGGAUCUUAAGAUUCUAGGGAAGGACUGUGGCUACCAAGAGGAAGAAAGAAUUGUUUGUGAUGCAAUUGUGUUUCGUUGUAAGCACAGCAAAGUUCGUGAAAAGUGCCUCGAUUGAGCUGAUGAGUUGACUCUCGAGAAAGCUGUGAAAAUUGGUCGCACCCAUGAAACGAAUCUAGACAGCCUAAAGAAGCUCGCCAAAGACGAAGACCCGACUGUGAAUAUUGUAGAAAAACGCCAA